AUGAUUUUGCACUGUGCAGUGAACCUACACCCCAAGGAGUCACACUCUUCGUGGAGUCUCUCCGAAGAGCGAGGAAGUGUGAACUAUGAAGGACCUUUGAUUUCUUCUGGCAACAAAGAGCACGAACUGGAGUGCAGCCGCAUACACCAAAUCGACGCAAGACGCGAAGACGCUGGGAUGCUCCUCGAGAGAGGACUUGUACGAGUGUCAGAGACCAAGUGGCUGGUGUGCGAGUUGCGGCUUGGGAAAUCGCGAGCUCCAUCUGCCUCGACCUCAACCGUCCCCCCGUUGCCAACGACUCAAGCACCCAAGAUCCCGCCCGAUACAAUAGCUAGAUACUCGCCGUCGCUUAGCCCCCGGCCGACCGCUAGUAUGACGAAGAAGCGCAAGAGAUAUCCGGACCUGAACCAGAAACUCGAGCGGCCAUGGUGCUACUACUGCGAGCGCGACUUUGACGACCUCAAGAUUCUCAUUUCCCACCAAAAAGCCAAACAUUUCAAAUGUGAUCGCUGUGGAAGGCGCCUCAACACGGCGGGAGGUCUGUCGGUGCACAUGACACAAGUCCACAAGGAGAACCUCACCCAUGUCGAGAAUGCCAAUCCAGGGCGACAAGGUCUCGAGAUCGAGAUCUUUGGCAUGGAAGGUGUACCCGCCGAGAUUAUCGACCAGCACAACCAACAAGUAACCCAAGCACAUUUCGCAGAAGAGCAGGAGCGCGCGCGGUUAACGGGUAAUCCUGUGCGCGGACUGUACAGCAAUGGGCAGGCGCCACCGACCAAGAACCCCAAGGUUGUCGAAACGUUGGAUGAGAUUGAGGAGAGGGCAAACAAGUUCAGGCAAGACAGGAAGAACGGUGUACCUCUACCGGUACCAGCUGAGGCGGUGCCGGUUCCUAUACAAGAAGAGGUCCUCCCUCCCUUUGCAGGCCCACCCAUGGCCGUUCCCGCGGGCUUCCCCGGACAGCCCCCUCUAUAUCCUCCCCAGGGCAUUCCGCCACCCUUCCCGCCUGCCAAUGGCGCAAUACCGGCUCGACCAGGCAGUAUACCAGGCCAGCUGGGUGCACUACCGCCUCGUCCUGGUUUCGGUGCGCCUCCGCCCGGUGUCUACCCGCCCAACGCCACGGAUCCCAAUGCGAUUUCCGCCUCGCUCGACGAUCUCAUUGGCGAGGUGACCAAGGAAGGGGCAGCAGAGAAGAAGGAAGAGAAGAAGAACAAAAAAGACAAGAACAUGAAACUCAUCUUCUUCGACGAGCACACGAGCCCAGAGGAGAAGAUGGCAGCGUUACCGCGGUUCGCAGAAUUCAUGCAGACACACAGACGAGAGAAGAAGCGCUUGAAUCUACCUAUGCUCGUCUUCACCCUGUGGACUCGCAUUAGCCGCGAAGACAAGGGUGCGCAAACACCAGGCCGCCGUUGA